CUUUUCGGUCGUCAUGGCGGACGGCUUCAACAAGGUUCUCCUCCUCGAUGGCCGAGGACAUCUCCUUGGCCGCCUGGCCGCCAUCGUGGCCAAGCAGAUCCUGUUAGGUCACAAAGUGGUGGUGGUGAGAUGCGAAGGGAUCAAUAUCUCGGGCAACUUUUACCGCAACAAACUUAAAUAUCUUGCUUUCUUGCGCAAGAGGAUGAAUACUAACCCUUCUCGUGGCCCAUAUCACUUCAGAGCACCAAGCCGGAUCUUCUGGAGGACUGUAAGAGGUAUGUUGCCACACAAGACCAAGCGUGGUCAAGCUGCCUUGGACAGACUGAAGGUCUUUGAUGGUGUUCCACCUCCAUAUGACAAGAGAAAACGUAUGGUUGUUCCAGCUGCCCUGAAGAUUGUGCGAUUGAAGCCAACUCGCAAGUUUGCACUUCUUGGUCGUCUAGCCCAUGAGGUUGGCUGGAAAUACCAGGCCAUCACAGCCACUCUUGAGGAAAAGCGUAAAGCAAAAGCCAAGCUUCACUAUGUGAAAAAGAAGAAAGUGUUGAAACUGAAAAAAAUUGCUGAGAAGAACGUUGAAAGCAAAAUUGCGAAGUACACAGAUAUACUGAAGCAGUAUGGAGUACUUGUUUAAUAUAUUUUCCAAAAAGUGACAAUAAAUGGCUAGCUAAAACAGG